UUUAAAUCAAAAAUAUUUGUAAAUUCAAUGUGUUUUGCAUUUUUGCAAACAUUUUCUCAUUUAAUUGUCAAUUCAUUUGACAUUUAAUUUGUGACACAAAACCACUUUUGGAUCAAUUAGUCAUCGAUUAGUGGACUAAAGUGAUGGCAAAGAACUCGGAUUUGACUGAUAUUUGUCACAAUGUUUUGAAAUGGAUCAAUAAGUCACUGCCGGCUGUGGAGGACGUGGAGGCGUUGGCAGAGAUCUGCGAUCCCAACAGAUAUGACAACAAGUAUUCCUCGGAAGACGUGAAGAACGCUGUGGAGACG